UAUUGUAGGACAAAACAAAAGAAACGGUAAUUGCAAUUUGCAGGGGAUGGACGGCGUGGAUCUGGUGGAAGCUUCAAGAGCCAGGAUCUCUCAACCCUUUUUUCUGCUUCCAUCCUGCACGGCUGCCAGCCCUGAAUCCAUCUUUGUCAUAAACCUCUCCUCCGGCUCUCCCUAAACCCUGAUCCUCCCAUCUCCCUCGUUUCUCUUCUCUUCUCUUCUGGAUAAGAUGGCUUCAACCUUCUCUACCAUGUCCUCCGUCGCUGCCUUGUCUACCCGUAGCGGCCCCGCUAUGGACAAGAGACUACCUUCUCCUUCAAACAAGUUGUCUUCACUUGCAUCCGUUUCCGGGAGCUCAUUCGGGAGAAGACAAAAUGUUUUGUUGAGAAAUUCACGUUUGCCUAUGACUUGUAAGGCAGCCAAGGACUUGCAUUUCAACAAAGAUGGCUCGGCAAUUAAGAAGCUGCAGUCUGGUGUGAACAAGCUUGCUGACCUUGUUGGUGUUACUCUGGGACCUAAAGGCCGCAACGUUGUUCUAGAGAGCAAGUAUGGCUCGCCGAAGAUUGUUAAUGAUGGUGUAACUGUUGCCAAGGAGGUCGAAUUGGAGGAUCCAGUCGAGAACAUUGGUGCAAAGUUGGUAAGACAGGCUGCUGCUAAGACUAAUGACUUGGCUGGUGAUGGCACAACAACAUCUGUUGUCCUUGCACAAGGCCUUAUUGCUGAAGGUGUUAAGGUAGUGGCAGCUGGUGCAAACCCCGUGCUAAUCACUCGUGGCAUUGAAAAGACUACCAAGGCUCUUGUCAAUGAACUGAAGUCCAUUUCAAAAGAGGUUGAAGACAGCGAACUAGCUGAUGUUGCUGCUGUUAGUGCUGGCAACAACUAUGAAGUAGGGAAUAUGAUUGCUGAAGCAAUGAGCAAAGUUGGUCGAAAGGGAGUUGUGACUUUGGAAGAAGGGAAAAGUGCAGAAAACAAUCUCUACGUUGUUGAGGGAAUGCAGUUUGACCGGGGUUAUAUCUCACCUUACUUUGUAACCGAUAGUGAGAAAAUGUCAGUUGAAUAUGAUAACUGCAAGCUGCUUCUUGUUGAUAAGAAAAUAAGCAAUGCGAGGGAUCUUGUUAACAUACUGGAAGAUGCAAUCAGAAGCGGAUUCCCGAUCGUGAUAGUCGCUGAAGAUAUCGAACAGGAGGCUCUUGCGACGCUUGUGGUGAACAAGCUUAGAGGAGCACUUAAGAUUGCUGCUCUGAAAGCUCCUGGGUUUGGAGAGAGGAAGAGCCAGUAUCUUGACGAUAUUGCUAUUCUUACUGGAGGAACUGUUAUCAGAGAGGAGGUGGGCCUUUCAUUGGACAAAGUUGGCAAGGAGGUCCUAGGAACUGCUUCGAAGAUUGUCCUUACUAAGGAUACUACGACAAUUGUUGGGGAUGGGAGCACCCAGGAAGCAGUAAACAAGAGAGUUGCUCAAAUUAGAAAUCUCAUCGAGGCUGCGGACCAAGAUUAUGAGAGGGAAAAACUUAACGAGAGAAUUGCAAAGCUGUCUGGUGGUGUUGCAGUGAUCCAGGUUGGAGCGCAAACUGAGACGGAGCUGAAAGAGAAGAAAUUGAGGGUUGAAGAUGCUUUGAAUGCGACUAAGGCAGCAGUGGAGGAAGGUAUUGUAGUUGGUGGUGGAUGCACUUUGCUCAGACUUGCAUCUAAAGUAGAUGCUAUUAAGGACAGCCUUGAAAAUGAUGAAGAAAAGGUUGGAGCUGAUAUCGUGAAGAGAGCUCUGAGUUACCCUUUGAAACUUAUCGCCAAAAAUGCAGGAGUCAAUGGCAGUGUAGUGAGCGAGAAGGUGCUAUCAAGUGACAAUCCUAAGUAUGGGUACAAUGCUGCAACUGGAAAGUAUGAAGAUCUAAUGGCGGCUGGAAUCAUUGACCCGACCAAGGUGGUGAGGUGCUGCCUCGAACAUGCCGCCUCCGUGGCCAAGACGUUCUUGAUGUCGGACUGUGUAGUGGUUGAGAUCAAGGAACCCGAGCCAGUGGCUGCCGGCAACCCCAUGGACAAUUCAGGCUAUGGGUACUGAUGAUAGUAGGAGAUCCGGUUAGAGGAAAAAGAAGCAAGAGCAGAGAACAAUAAGUGGCACUGUAGGGGGGGUGGACCGAGGUAGUUUGGCGCUUCUAUGAAUGUACAUUUUAUGAUAUAUUUUAUUGCAGUGGCGGCAUAGUAGUGUCCGGUGUAAGAGCAUCUCCAAUGGUGCAAAUGGAGGGAGUUGCAAGUUGAGGUGGCAUCUAUGUGCAAUUGAAAAAGUGGAUGACAUUGAUGCAAAACCACUUUCAAGUGGUGAAAAUUUACACACCAUGAAAAUCUGACAUGGAAUUGCAAGUGGGUCCUUAGUUGGUUUUUGUUUUUCUUUCUUCUUUUCUCAAUAUUUUGUGUGGUAUUAAAAUGUAAGUGGGACCUAGAAUUGCAAUUGCAUUUGAAUGACAUUGAUGUAGCUAUAUGAAAUUGAUGAGUGAAGUAAUUGCUAGAGUUGUUUAGGUGGAAGUAGGGACCACAAAAGUGAAGAAUGAUUGCAUUGUUGGAGAUGCUCUAAGAGGUGACGACAAGCAUGCUCCCUCAUUUUUUUGUCGGCUAGCGAGGGACUACUAGAAUUGACGGGCCGAUCUGAAAAGUGAAGAGAGCUACUACACGAAACCCUUCCCAUCCCUUCACCGCAAUCACAAGCAACCCUUUCAUAGUGUCUCAUCCCAUCCUCUCACCAUUUCAAGCUGUAGACUCUUCCCUACACGCAACCACCUAUAUCCUCACCUUACUCCUUUGAAAUUAGAGAAGACCCCUAUUCUCUGGUUCUAUCAUUCCUUUUCAAUUUCAGCGGCACCUCCUCUUCCUACACCCAAUUCUUCUGGCCACCUCACCACCUUGAACUACACCAUCCUUUUGAAGCUAGCAUGGACAGAUGGAGACCCUAGGCGCUCCGGUGGAUUCUCCAAGUUAUCGACAAUGUGGACGAACGAAAUCGCGGGUAGACUUCGUCUCAUCUUGGGCCGUGAUGACUGGAUUCGUGGAAGAGCUCGGUAUUUUUAAGUUCACGAUACAUAUAUCAUCCAAUCUGGGUACUAAAUGGGAAGAGCUGCAGGAUCAUACCAGCAACAAUACGCGAACAGCGGUGAGCAUUUUUUGGGUGGUUCCGGUGGGAUUGUGUGUGUUAGCUCUCCUGCCAUUUUUCUUUCCCAACAGCUUUGGAAGCCGAUAAACAACGAUCCUUUCGCCGUAUACAGAGCCCGCAUUCCCACCGUCAAUCAAUGAAAAAAGCACAAAUCUUACGACUUUUCAGGGUUCCUAGCUCCCAAUUCCAUCACCUCUCCAGUAUCAAACUGCAAAGGAGACGUAAGAGGAGUUCGAGCUGGCAUUCAGUUCGUUCUCCAUAGAACUCCGAAGCAGUAGUACACCGACAGGAGGGUAUGGAUACAGGAUGAUGCCGAGGAAGAAGACGGUUGUCAUGAUCUCGAUUGUGAGGUCCGAAUGAAAGGAAUUGCUAAAUAUCGCGCCUGAAAAAAGAAAUGGUAAGUCUGGCGGGUAUGUUGUUUGGUUGGUUUUGUAGUGGCAAUCAUGCCACUACAUAUACUUCUAAAAUUUAACUUUUGUGUGCUUUUUAUUUCUUAUCGAGGCUGUUGUACUCGAACUGUAGGCGAAAUGGAGUUUCAAAUCCUUUUGAAUAUGAAAUUGGCUGUGAUUAACAUGAACAUUAUAGUUGGAGGCCUUUUUUGAAUGAAAGCCAAUGUUGUACUUGGCGGGGAGGGUGGAAUUUCCUUUCAAAGAUGUCAAACUUUUUCGUUUGCUUGCCCUGCAUCAUGUUCGUACGCCCGUACAUGUCAUUGAUCUCUUUCCCCAACCACGAAAUUGGGAUUUUGGUUAAUUGAAAGAUAUCAGCUGACACAAAAAUGCACAACAGUUCUUUUAUUAGCCAUUUCAUGGGAUUUUAUUAGUCUAUGUCCUUCUGUCAAUGGAUUGUUUGGAAAGGGGAAUUUCAGCCAUGCAUUAAAUUGAUGUGGUGAAUUUGAAGCUCCCACAGUUAGGGAAGUUGCUGGGAUUACAACAACAUUUGCAGGGCCAUUCGUGGUUAUGCUGCAGCUUAAGAGAGAAUGGGUGGAGUUAUGUAUUCCAAAUAAGCUCCGAGACACAGAGAUUCCGGGGUCAGCUUUUGAGGUCAUUACCCUCUGGGACCCACUCGCCUUUGCCAUUGCAUCCACCUGCCACUGCAGAUCAGACCUCUUAUGUCCAAAUGGUGUUGCACUGUAGAAGUUGGCAUUUAAUUUCUUGCCGCAUUUGAACCCCUGUUAUAUGCUUAUCUGGUUGGUACAUGUAAGAGCACCGAUCGUGUUUUGGCUUGCAUCCAAUGGCGCCGCAAGUUGGGACCUUAUUUCACUUGCACAUUAUGUUUGGUUUAUAUCAGUACUCUUGAAUUAUCUAAAUCAUUAUGCUCAUGUAAUAUGAAUGUUGUGACAUGUCUUUCUUUCAGCCAUGGAAAAUGAUGUUAAGUUUCUAA